UGUAGUUAAGGUUUGCAUCAAGGCCAUUUGCUCUGCCCUCCAAAACCCUAACACGCCCAAUAAAUAGUCCCAUCCCUCUCUUCACUCCAAAAUCUCUAGGGUUAGGGUUAGGGUUAGGACUUGCUUGCGAUAAUGGCAUCUCCUGUGGAAUCAGUCCAGUGCUUUGGGCGGAAGAAGACCGCCGUGGCUGUCACCUACUGUAAGCGCGGCCGAGGCCUCAUCAAGAUCAACGGCUGCCCAAUCGAGCUGGUGGAGCCCGAGAUCCUCCGCUACAAGGCGGUGGAGCCCAUCCUCCUUCUCGGUCGCCACCGUUUCGCCGGCGUUGACAUGCGCAUCCGCGUGAAAGGUGGUGGUCACACCUCCCAGAUUUACGCAAUCCGCCAAAGCAUUGCCAAAGCCCUCGUUGCCUUCUAUCAGAAGUACGUCGAUGAGCAAUCCAAGAAGGAGAUCAAGGACAUCCUCGUUCGCUACGAUCGUACCCUGCUUGUCGCUGAUCCUAGGCGCUGCGAGCCAAAGAAGUUCGGUGGUCGUGGUGCUCGUGCAAGGUUCCAGAAAUCGUAUCGUUAGGACGAAACCCAAGAGGUUCUGCGCUUCGUUUUUUGUUGUGUAUCGAAUUUAUCUGAUCCUGAAGAACGUUGUCGUUUUAGGGUUUUUUGGAUGCUUUAUGAUUACUCGAGUUCCUAGAUAUUUCGAAGUUUGGAUUUAAUGUUUACAUGUCAGAUUUUUAUGCUGAA